AUGGGAGCAGAUGUCGAAAAAGACCACGGAUCGGCGUCUUUACACAGCGUGACCGCAGAGGAAUUGGGAGACCGUGCGCCUGUGGAGGUAGUCCCAAACUCGAAAUAUAAGCGAUGGGCCCAAAAUAUCAAGGGUCUCGAGACCCGCGGCAUCGAGCCGGUGCCACUUGAGGAACGCUCAGAUCCCAGCUCGACGGCUCUACUGCAUAUGUUCCUCAUGUGGCUCAGUAUGGGGAUGGCUGUGAACAACAUCGUCAUCGGAUCAAUGGGGACCCUUAGAAAGCAGCUAAGCUUCACCGACGCUGCGCUCUGCGCGGUCUUUGGAAACCUCCUAGGCGGGUUGGCGGUGGGCUAUAUGAGCACCUGGGGGCCUCGGAGUGGAAAUCGGACACUUAUCGUGGCCCGAUACUUCAUGGGAUAUAACCCCGCCAAGGUCUGCUGUUUAUUGAAUGUGCUGACCAAUCUGGGCUAUGGGAUGAUGAGCUCAAUGGUGGGAGGCCAGAUACUCUCCAAACUAUCGGAUGGAAAGGUUUCGGUUGUUGUUGGGAUAGUGAUUGUUGUCGUGGCGAGCUGGCUCUUGGCCACAUUUGGCAUGCGCAUAUUCCAGCUCUAUGAACGAUACGCGUGGAUCGCGCAGUUAAUCACUCUGUGCAUCAUCCUCGGCUCAGCUGGACCCCGGUUUGACUUUGCUACCACAUCGGCUGGGACACCGCAGGAGAUCAACGGGAAUCGCCUAGCUUUUGUAUCUCUUUGUUUGUCGUCCAGUCUUUCAUGGCUGCCAGUCGCCGCGGACUAUUUUGUGAACUACCCGCCGACCCUCGGGAGAUGGACAACAUGGAUGGUCACUACUGUUGGGGCAUUUUUAGCGAUCACUUUCACUCACCUACUUGGCAUCGGCCUCGGGUCCGGCGUUGCCCACACUCCAAAGUGGUCUGCCAUCUAUGACGGGACGGCGGGGAGUUUGUUGAUGGCAGGUUAUGACAGACUCGGUGCCUUUGGCAAAAUCUGCGCUUUCAUCAACACUCUGAGCGUGGUAUCCAACAACGCUCCCGGCUCCUACUCCAUGUCGAUGAAUUUUCAGAUGCUGGGCGAUGUGUGGCUGAAGGUUCCUCGUCCUGUGUUCACAAGUCUCAGCACGGUGAUCUAUACCGCGUGUGCCAUCGGUGGGCGCGAUUCGCUUUAUGAGAUCUUCAGCAACUUCCUGCCGCUAAUCUGCUACUGGACCAUCAUCUGGUUCACGAUCGUUCUGGAACAGGACCUGUUGUUCAACCGCGGCACAGGGUACGAUUGGUCUGCGUGGAAUGACCGAAAGAGGUUGCCGUCGGGCUUCGCGGCCUCUCUAGCCUUUCUCAUCGGCUGGGCGGGGGCGAUCGUCGGAAUGGAUCAAGUGUACUACACCGGUCCAAUUGCAAGCGCGGUUACCGGGGGGUGUGAUUUAGGAAUCUGGCUCGGAAUUGGCUUCACGGGUAUUGCGUUUCCGCCGCUCAGACUGAUAGAGAUGAAAUAUGUCGGUCGCUGAGCCAUAUCUGAGCUGGGGCGUGAGGUAGGGGCUAAGAAACGCCAUGGCUUGCAUUGGCUUGCAUUAAGUAACUCGCAUCAUGCCAUUGGCGUUUUAGCUCGCUCGCUAAUUUGGAAGCCCCCCACCGUCGUGGAGUCGAAAUGUUCGAAUACGAACGUUUUGUAUGUACGUUUUAUUAGUUAUACUCAAUUCUGUACCAUAUGGAGCCGAUCAAGAAACAAGAUAUUAAUGUAUGCCUUCGUUGUCGUCUCCUCUUGUCUUCGUUGCUGGUUAAAGCUUAUGGGUAUCAACCACGCGACGUUGACUGCAUGGACCAGCGAUUAUCAUGUCUAGACUCAAGUCCACACAUUUCGUGUUAUGAGUUGUCAGAACUUAAAAAAGCCUCGAGAUUCUGGGAGAGAAGGGUCUGGUUGACAGGAUCGGCGCGCACCGUCGGCAAGUACUAAAUC